GAGAGGUGCGGGUGGCUGCCUUAAUUCAACAUCCACGUCUUCGGCGCCAGACAACAGUGUGUGUGAGAGUCCUAGCGCCACUGAAUGUCAAGGAGAAGCUGUUUGCACAAACCUACGAUGGUGCAGCAAUGAUGAGUGUUAAUGUACGUGUUGUCCAAACGGUAUUGAAGGAGACUUACCCAAACGUACAAUUUGUGCACUGUUAUGCACACCAACUGAAUCUAACACUUCAGCAACUUUGUGCAGGGAGAGUGAGUGUGCUUAAAGUGUUUUCUGCAGACCUAUCCUCCUUUUUCACUGGCUCACCCAAAAGACUCCGCUCUCACGGAAUCAAUGAACAGACAGGUCCCCAGGCCACCGGGCACACGAUGGAAUUUUAAAAGCAGAACCGUCAAUGCUGUGUGGGAGGACCGUGAGACACUGGCCCAGUGCAUGGAGGACAUCCGCACGCAGCUUGGAUGGGAUGAGAUCACCAUCAGCGAGGCUUAUGGUUCUUUUCCUUGGUAAUGCCAGAGGUGGAUGUUUUGUACAAAAUAAUGCAGAAACGAACCAUUGAUGCAGCAGGAAUUGCUGGUGCAAUCAACAAUUUCAAGGUGAACAUUCAAAACAUUCGCAAGCAAUCUUAUACACUGGCCAAAGGACAUGUUGAUGCCACUGAACCAAGGCGGAGAAACCUUUACACUGCAUCCAUGAUGAAUGAGGCAUGCUACACGAUCACUGCUCAUGUGCAAGAAAGGUUUUGUGAAAGUGACCACUUAAUUGCAGCAAAGUUGGUGGACGGCUAAUCUUUCCCCCAGUAUGUAUAUUCCUUUCCGACCGCAGAACUCCAGUGUGCUACCAAGCUAGGGCCUGUGGGUAACCAGGAGAAGUUGAAAAGGGAACUGUUCACUGUCUAUCGGCAUCCUGAGCUGCACACUGGAAAGACAGCACUUUCUUUAUUGAAAUCACUCUACGAGAACAACCUGCAGGGGGCCUUGUCUGAGACGGUCUCUCUUCUCAAAAUCAUCAUCACCACUUUGAUGACAACCGCAGAGUUAGAGAGAAACUUUUCCACCCUUAAAGAAUAAAACCAUCACACGCAACUCCAUGGGCCAGAAAAGGUUAAAUGGCCAUGCUGUCAAUCCAGCAUGACUCCAUCCAGAGAAUGCCAGACUUUGAUGACAAGAAGGACCGCCAUGCCAACUUCCUGUUCAAGUGAGCACAGCACAACAAUGAGAAAGAGAAAACGCACUGUGGAGGACUUCAACCAGUUUUGCACCUUUGUGUUGGCCUAUGCUGGAUACAUCCCCUAUCAAACAGAGGAUUGGUGGUGUAGUGACAGCAAGCCCAGUGACAGCAACCCCUGCAGCAGCAGCCACAGUACCAGUCCAUGGGCCUACCAGUCCUCUGCUAACUCAGACUGUGGCUCCUCCACUCAGAGCCAGAAGGAGAAAGGGAAGGAGGUGAAGAGGAGGAGGUCAGACAAGAAGCCUGCUGGGCCUGGCCAGGGGGAGAAGAAGCCUAGAGGAGGAAGUGCCAAAAAGUCUCCCAAUACGAAACAGGCUGCCCCUACAUCAACAGUCAGCAGAACGCCAGAGCUCCAUGAGCAGCACCAGCCCCAGUCUGAACGGACCAACUUCAACAGCUGUCCUACUGACAACAAAACACAUCCUCUGACAGCUCCGAAAAGUGACCAUGACUGUAAACUUUCCCAAUCUUCCCUGACUCAACUCUUCCCUGAAGCCACCUCCAGCAGCUCUCUGUCUGUCCACAGGAACAAGAUCAACACCGGUCAGACACACACACCAGACCCUAACGGGUCAGCUGGGAAAACGAAUGAUGCUACAACCCCUCAGAAGACAGGAAGUGAAGAACUGGAACAGGAAGUGACCGAACAUCCUGUUGACAUGACAACGACAAGCUGUGAGAUGGGGAAGAGCUGUCCUCACAGGCCGGGAGACAGGGAAAAGAAGAGAAGAAAGGAAGAGAAUGUGACGAGGGAGAGCUGGGAGGGGUCUGGGAGUGAAGGAAGGAUAGACAGUGGUCAGAGGUCAGAUAUCCUGAGGAUGGUGAUGGACAGGAGGUUGAGAGGUCAGCUAACUGAAGACCAGGAGACAGGCUACCACACAGAGGAGGGUAGCAGCCCCGACCGGGACCAUGGAGGGAGCAACUACCAGACAGACCAGGGAGGGAGCGAUGGAGAGGACACAUCUGCAGACAACAGCAAGAUGGAGGAUGAGGACGACUCGUGGGACCUGAUCACCUGUUUCUGCAUGAAGCCGUUCGCGGGUCGGCCCAUGAUAGAGUGUAGUGAGUGUGGCACCUGGGUGCACCUGUCCUGUGCUAAGAUCCGCCGCACCCACGUUCCUGAAGUCUUCACCUGCCAGCCCUGCCGAGAUGCCAAGACCAACAUCAGACGCUCCAACCGGGCGCGGAUCGCCUCCCGCAAACGCUUCAGCGACUAGAGAGCACCAGUUGGUUCAUUGGCUGCGUCCCAAUUGGCGGCAGGUAGCCUAGCGGUUAAGAGCAUUGGGCCAGUAACCAAAAUGUUGCUGGUUCGAAUCCCCAAGGUGGAAAAAUCUGCU